AUAUGGGGUUGGAGUGCUGCCAUGGGGGAGAGCUCUUCGACCAGAUCAGACUGAAAGGAAAGCUAUCAGAGGAGGAAGCUCGCUUCUAUGCAGCAGAGGUGGUGUGUGCACUGGAGUACAUGCGCUCGCAAGGGGUGGUGCACAGAGACCUUAAGCCGGAAAACAUUCUCCUCACAGCAGCAGGCCACGUGCGCAUCUCCGACUUUGGCUGUGCCAAGCUGCUUAGCAACGGCCAAUCAGAUGGGGCCACGUCAGCAGUAGAUGCCACCGCAGCUGCUAUUAACAACGAUGAACGCAGUGGGUCGUUUGUGGGUACAGCAGAGUACGUCCCCCCAGAGCUGCUUGACGAUGGCCCCGUGUCCUUUGAGGCCGACCUCUGGGCGCUAGGCUACAUCAUCUAUCAGAUGCUAGCCGGUGCGCCGCCUUUUAAAGGAGCCAGCGAAUACCUGUGCUUUCAGAAGAUCCUCUCUCGGGAUCUCACCGUGCCCAACCACUUCAGCAACGAGGCCCGCAGCCUCGUCAACUGCUUACUGGUGCGUCAGGUGCUUUCUGGUGGUGUUUUCUACAUAUAUUGA